GUAGUUGAAAGGUCAGGUUAAACGAAAAAGCUAAAUAAGAAGUGUAACGUAGAGUUGCACUAAAGUUGUAGAAGAGUUUAGUACAGAGAGGCGAGUUUGUAUUGAAGAUCCAUUUAUAGAAUGAACGAGUUCAGAGACACUAAGCCUUGUUUCGUGAGAACAACUUAAAAACACCAGUAUCUUUUCAUAAAUUUCAAUGGAUAGAAACCUAAGUUCAUUAUUGUUAACCAUGAAAAUGAAGACGGGGUGAUUUUAAUUUUAUUCGCCUACUUUAUUAGCGGUAGCAAUAGUCAUAGUCAAUAGCGUAACCAGCAGCUGAUCAAACCCUGUGCAGGCAAAGCCGCAGAGCUAGUAACUGCGCUGGUUAAGACAAGCUAAGUGACAGGUUGCCUAAUCUAUUUCAACUAGGCCUUCUCUCGACUUCUUCCAAUUCCAAUUUCGGCCAAACGUCUCUAAAACCAAAGGCGCAAAGAAGACUCUUUAUAAUUUAUAUUUUAUAGGCCUAAGAAUAGUAUGAUUGAAUACAAAUAUGGCAAUCUCAAAGGAUUUUAUGAUGUUCACAUCACAUACAGCAGCUAGAGACAAAGUGUUUCGGUGAGUUACUUUCACUUUCAUUCUUCUAGUCUAGUACUAGUACACUUGAUGUCUUAGACUUGACUUCGGUCUAAAUUGACUUAUCAAUAAUAGCAAUAUUUUUUUUAAAAAGUAUGGGCUAAUUACUAAUAAUGCAGACGCAGAGAAUUAAAGUAUGUUUUAGCUUCCAAAAUUUCCAAAGCCAUAAGUUGGCAAAAGCAACCUCAAUCUCGGUUGCACCAUAUAGGCCUAUAUCUUAAACGAUUAGGCAUAUAAUAUACAAGUAAGUCAAUUCAAUAAACCAUUAAUAUAAUGGUCGUGUAAAAUUAGGACUUCAUUUUUAAGGAUCAACAUUUAUACAAGUUAUUUGUAUGAAAAACUCCUUACUGAUAGUACUUAUACUAUUAACUAUUAGUAAUAGUAACAAUGUCAAUAGUGUGAGCUUACACUUAGUCACUUAGUGGAUGUAUUAUUUGGGUCCUUAUCAGGAUAAAUAUAUUAUAUAUGCUUGCGCUACACUAGUCUUUAGCUUACUCUAUGUGAAUACCUUAGGAAAAGGAAAAAAAAAAAGUUUCUUCCUUGACAUUGAUUGGCUUAAAAAAUAUAAAUAAGUGGAUUUGUAGUUGCCUUUUUAACCCUUUUGGGAUGGAGCCCUUUUUGAACUGUCAAUGCCAUUUGAUUGAUUUUAUAUUUAUAUCGCGCUGGUAUCCAUGCCAUUUUAGCAUGCUCACUGCGUUCUGGUCCUCUGAAAUCUAUUUAAGCAAAAAAGUUUUUAAUUGUUUCUUAAAUGAUUUUUUAUCAUUUACAAUUCCCCUCAAAGAUUGAAGCAAACUGUUCCAUAAUUGUGGCACUAUCGCUUCAAAUGAGCGCAAUCCACACUAGGAAUACUCAGUAAGUUGUUGUUCGUCCGUCGAAGUCGACAAGGACCAUCGAAUCAUCUGGUUAGGGGCGGGCGGGGGGGGGGGGUUGGGAUUACGGUGAGCUCUUAGGGGGUUUGUUUGACCGAUCCUUGCUCGGAAUAAUCUAUGACACCGUGGGCCUGGAAUAGUUGGUUAGGGGGGGGGGGGGUUGGGAUUACGGUGAGCUCUUAGGUGGCUUGUUAGACCGAUCCUUGCUCGGAAUAAUCUAUGACACCGUGGGCAUGGAAUAGUUGCUUCAGACGAUGACCUAAUGUUGCUCUUUUGGACAAGCUUGCGUGUCUCAGCUGUGGUUAUUCUCUUAGCUUCAUGGGAUUUAUCCCCCUUCUUGACAGCAGCUCUCCAUCUGGCUCUGUCCUGGGCUGUCUGCACCCAUUGAGUAGGGUUUAUGCUGAAGGCCUUUAGUGCCACUUUCAGUGAGUCUUUGUACUCAGUAAGUACUGUGUUGAAGACCGCUGGUGCUUCAAAGAUCCAUGUUUAUUAAUCAGUUCCUUGAGAUACUCCGGUGCUGAGCCAUCUAUGCAGCUGUACGCCAUGGACAGAAUUUUGUAGUUAAUGCGCUCACUCUCAGGAACCCAAUGGAGAUCUUGUAGAACUGGAGUGAUGUGGUCAGAUUUUUUCAUCCACGAUACAAUGCGUGCUACAGUAUUUUGUAUCUUUUGGUGUCUCUGAAUUUGGUUCUGAGGUAAACCCCACAAACAACUAUCAAUGUAAAUUUACUGUCAGUAUAAAAGCCAAGGUCUCUGACAGUGUUGGACGAUGGGAUCUCAGAAGCACCAACCUUUAUUGAUACAAUGGAAACCUUCAGAAGAUUGGCGUCAUAAUUUCCUCAAUCUUAUCGUCAUUUAAUUUUAGUUUUAGUCUGUUUGAUGACAUCCAAUCUUUCACAGCAAGACAGCAGUCCUCGACAGCCUGAACAGCAGUAGCACACUCCAAGGGAUCAGGGCGGAAACACUUGUAUAGUUCUGUGUCAUCUGCAAAUAUUUUGCGGGAAAUACCAUGAAUUUCAAUAAUUUUGCAGAGGUGGCUAGUAUACAUGGAGAACAGAAUAAAUCCUAAAACUGAGCCCUGUGACACACCAUGAAGAUGGAACCCCUUUCACAAGCUUUUCACUUACUUUGAAAAAAAAUUUAUUAAAAAAAAAUAAUUACUUUACAAAUAUACAAAUAUCUCGUACGUAAUUGAAUGAACUUAUACAUUCUUUAUGAAUCAAACUGACAUCUAACAUUUAUGCAAAUGAGCUUUCCUGAUUUGCAUAAUUUAGGCCUGCAGUCUUUUUACGCUUAGAUUAAACACAACUUACUUGAAGAAUUUUGUUAAAUUUUAUGAUUGUUGAAGCCUCAAUAUGUCCUAAACCAUAUUUGAAUGAUAUUCAGUGUAAAAAAUUGCACAAAAUAUUCUUCUGGAGCUACUUAUGCCUUUUGACAUAUUUCAAGGUCACAUAGUUUUUGUGUCCCUGGGUACACACAAAAAAAUGAUAGAAAUUGACAGAACACCAUAAACUAUCAAAGGAAGCUGCAAUUAAAAUGGUACGAUGAGCAAGAUAUGCGAGAAGCAAUCUGAUUAGCUGGUAUAAAGACCAGCCAGCUAAUUUGAAGCUUUUAUUAUUGGGCCAAUAGAUCAGCCUUUUGUAUUUUUCGCCAUAACACUCUGGGCCAAUCUAUUGGCCCAGCCAUCCCAAGAAGGUCAAAAUAAGACCUUAUUAGAAGUAGACACAUUAUAAAUCUGAAGAAGUAUUUUUGAAAGACCAUUCAUGAAUUGGGAGUAGAAAAUGGAUGGGUAUUUCAGAUACUUCUCCAUAAUCAGUAUUUUCUCUAAGCUUCCUUAUAAUAAACUUCUUCUAACUUCUUACACAAAUUUUUUUAUAACUUUACUGUUUCAAACAACUAAUCCAUGUGUCACAUGAUGUGUAAAACAAUGAACUGCUCCAAUGUAAGAAUGACAUAUUUCAAGGUCACAUAGUUUUUGUGUCCCUGGGUACACACAAAAAAAAUGAUAGAAAUUGACAGAACACCGUAAACUAUCAAAGUUUAAUCAUGGCUAGAAAACACAUUAUAUUACAUAGUCUGUGUAGCUUAGAAAUACAUAUUCAAGUCACGGUGUGCUAUGCACAUUAUUUAACUUUCUGUGAUUAGAUCUCGUGAUUAUUGCCCUGCAGCAUGAGCUUGACUAUAUCUGCAUUAAACCGUACCUCAUUAUAAUCUCAUGAAUCCCUUUUGUUGUGACAAGAUUAUGAUCAGUGCAGGUGGGGAUGUCUAUAAUAAUUAUUGGAGAUACCAGUAGAAAGUAUGUUCAUGAGGGAAUGUUAUACAUUUGGUGACUUUGUUACCAGUACCAGUACCGCAUUUUAUUUUUUUAAAAAUCUGAACUGCAAGAGUCCGCUACCGUUUUUCUACCAGGAAGAUUUGAUAAUAGAGAAAAAAAAAUUUUUUUGAUUGGCUUUCAUUUGUAUGUUUGACUUUUUGUAGCUGUAAUAAAAAGAUAUUAGAUUAAAAGAUAUAUAAAAAGAUUAUUGACCAAAAAGAAGUGAAUACUAUUAAGAAAUUCAGCUGCCACUAAACCGCAAGAAAAUCGUUUUCUUUAUCUUGGAGGUGUCACAUUUCUCUUUUUACUUCAGGUUUAAGAGUUGCUUCAUCUGAGUCACAGUUUGUUACACAAAGUUGUAGCCAUGUUUGACUCCAGUGCUAAACUGCAUAAUCACCAAAUCUUAAAUUUUUAAAACCAGCUUUAAUCAGUAAAUCACUUCAAUAUAUCUGACACAUUUUUUUUUUAUCAGCAAUGUGUCAAAACUAAAAGCUUGUGUAUCAUUUAAAUGGGUUAGAUUAGAGUGCAAUCUUACACAAGGGAAUACAAAACACUGAAUUCUUCAGGGCUUCCUGGGCCUAUUGAAAUGUUAAUUACCAUACUUGUGCACAGUGUAAUGCUGACUAUAGGUGCUAAUGGCUUUGUAAUGAAUCAAAUGUUUUUCUGAGGAGCCUACAACUGUAAUGCAGUAGUUGAUGUAAGGCCACAUUUAGGGUUCAGUUCAAAAUCUUAAAUGAGCUUAGAUUAAAUAGUUGUCUUUAAAUGAGGCCAGGCAAAAAGGUUUGGCAUAGAGACUCUAUUACCCAUUUAUAGAAAACAGGUCAAAGUUGUUUUUUUCACCUCUUCAACUCAUAAUCUCAGUAGUGCACGGGUUCUUAACCAUUGAGGCUAGCAACCCAUGGGGAUGUGGGAGACAGUGUCGGAGUACAAGAAUACCCAGAAAAUAAAUUAAGUUUAUUUUCAUUCUUAUUAUUAUUAGCAUUUUUCAUUAUGGGGCUUCAGGAAAUUUUUUUGAAAAUGAGAGAAAAGAGGUAGUGGGGUGUCGAAAAAAAAAGAUUAAGAACCCUUGCAAUAGUGUAUGACCAUCUUAUUAAUACACUUUCUUUUUAUGAACAUUCAUCAUAAGAGUAAAAAUAUUAUGGUUCUGAAGGAUUUAACAAAUAUUUAAGGCUUAGGAUAAAGUUUCUUUCCAGGAAUGCCAAUAGAUCAACAGUUACACACUUAAAAUUAGGCUGACAUGACAGAUCAUGUUUGUUUAAAUCUCUACUUUUAACGUCACCAUUUUGUCAGUAUUUCAUGAUAACCUCUGCAUUCUCUGCACAGAGUUUUGUAGUAUAAUAAUCUUAAGUUUUGAAUUGUAGCCAUUCUCUAUAAGCAGUUUGCAAUUAUUCCAUUACUCACAUCUGAUUUUUAGAUACCAGUAUGUUUAAAAUUUUAGUUUAUCUCAAAAUUUAAGUUUAGUUGAUUUUUAAAAGUUAUCAAAUAGAUUAGUGAACAUGACCAUGGAAUGACUAUGCUCACAACAUCUAGUCCAUUACAUAACAAUUAAACCUUAAAUAUUCUGAAUCAAAACAAAAAAUGUUUACAUCAAGAGUAAGAUUGCAAUCAAACUAAUACUUCUGGGGGAUUGUUGUGUUUACCCAUGUGGCUGUUUAGAUCCAUUAUUUCUUUUGUGAAUCAUUUUUGAAUGGUUACCACCCUGUGCACAGUUUAUUAACAUUCAAUUGUUUUUGUGUGUUUAUUUUUCCAGAUUUGUUCAGUAUGGUUCACGGUUGAUAUUGUGGCAGCUCACCUAUGGCUCGCCAGAUGUUCAAGGAGAAGUGAUCACGAGGCUGCGUAAGCUAGAAGGAGCAUUGGGUCUGUCGCGCAAAUGUAAAUCAGGCAACAAUUUUUGUAUAUUUUUAAAUCUUUGAUCUGACAAGGGUGUUACAAGGAUUUUCUUUAUUUUUGAAGAUGGAAAUGUUUCAUGGUAUUUAGCUCUAUCAGGAUUUUUUGAAUCUAUGUGAAUACAGAAAAAAAAUAUACAUGUGUAUAAGGACCCUUUAAAAGCAAUAUUGGGAUGGUAAACAAUUUUGAUAAUCUUUUCCUUGAGAUCACUAAAUAUAUCAAUAAAUAUACACAGGGCCAGGCAGAGGCAACUGAGUAAUUCACUCAGGGCCCCACUCACAUGGGGGAUAUAAAUACGUUUGAUACAUAUAUUUUGAAAUUUGUGGGUGGCUUAAAAAUUUGGAUUUCCUCUGGGCCCAAACAUCCUCUGUCCGGAUAACUAACGUAGUGCUGAAAAAGUAUGUGUUCUCCAAUUAUAUAUAUGAUUCUACUGCCACUGUUUUAGCAAACAUGAAUGGAACCAUGAAAGCCAACUUUGCAAAUAACUUGUUUUGGUCCUUACUUCUUUUUGUUUCCUUAUCAAAUAAAAUUAUUUUAGUGUUAGCCCUAUUUUAAAUAUAUAUUUAAACCUCUGGUUAACAUUUUAGUUAGCAAGCUAACAUGUGUGUUCCCAUUUCAUUAUGUUUAUCUUGAGUUAAGAAUGUAUGGGAACAUUGAAAGACAUUAAGCUUAGGCAGGAACAGAAAUUACCUUAGUUUAUGGGGCCUAGACUGGUGUUCUGUGGGGGAAAAAAUCUCUUGAAUUAUAGCUUAUUUAUGUGGGCUAAAUAUAUAUAUUUAUACAUAUACUACACAUAUAUAUAUAAAAAUAAAAUAUUUGUUAAUGCUUCAUCACAUGUGAAUGUAAAAAAAAAAUAUUUACAUGUAUGUGAGUGUGUAUAUGUAUGUAUGUAAGCUUCUACUGGUACUUUAAAUUUAAACUAUAUUUUAAAUGCCCAACCAAUGAUCUGUUGUUAUUUUUAUUGGCAGUGUUUCGCCUCGGUAAUUGUGUUGACUUGGCUCACAAAGCAGUAGAGGCCCUCGCCACGCCGAAUGUUGACCUCAGGAUUUUAACUUUUGUUUCACAAGCAACGAAAGCCCUCUGGCUUCUCAUUGACCACAUGCUGUGGUUUGGAAAAGUGGGCAUCAUCAAAGUAUGUUCCUUAGACACAUCGUAAUGUUUUGUUUUUUUCCCUCUACACUGCUCAAGUUCACAAACUUCAUACACUAGGUUUGGUGUUCAUCAGAAAUCAUAUAUUGAAAGUAGUGAAUCUUAUUAAUCUGAAUGAGUUGUUGCAUUUUAGGUCAACAGACCUUGAUCAUUUUUGUAUUAAAAUCUUUAAUAAUUUUCGUCCUAGCACUAAGUUGAAAUUGUCCCUAGAUCCUUACAUGUGGUAACUCUUAUUUUUGCAUAUUAAUGUAAUUAUAUGAGAUUGGAUGAAGCAUUAAUUUAUUAUUUUGUGAAUGAUAAAAAUUAAGUUCUCAUUAGCAUGUUAAGUGCAACAUUUUAUUGAUAGCAUUACAUCUUCCAACACCCAGGACAUGCUUACAGGCAAGCCAAAUACAAAUUGUUAAAAUACCACCUCAUCUUUUCUGUAUACGAUAUAAUUUUAAGAUUAAAAAUUUUGUUGUCAAAUUAAUAAAUGUAGAGAUUUUCAACACAUCUUGUACUUUAAAAAAAAAAAUAGAUUGACCAGAUGUUUUGGACGUCAUGGUCCCUGAGGGCGUGGCUUGUUGCCCUGGCAACCGCAAGUAUUGCUGACAUGAUUAAACUUCAAAAUGUUCAGAACAAACUGCAUCUGUUUCGGAAACAAAAUGGAAAACAAGCCAAGAUCUCUGAAAAGCUUCAGGUUUGUGAUUAGACUGGAGUGAUUCUCCCCUUGAAUAGUUCUACUAUGUUUUACUGUUACUGUUACAUUAUUGCAUGUUGAAGAUUUUUAUUAUUUAUUAUGUUAUUUUUAUUUUUUUUAAAAUUUUAUUAAUUUUAUGUUGAAGGCUUGGACUGUUUUAACAUGCAUGGGCUCUUUUAUAAAUUGGUCAUAUUGUGUCGUGGUAUUUAAUUGAAUUUAUUCACUAAGGUUAAAAGAAUAAAAGACAUGUUUGAUCAAGCCUAACACCAAAUCUUUUGUAGGAGAAACAGAAACUUCACCAAAUAAAAACAACUCAUGCCAAAAAAAUCUAAAGAAUGUGAAAUAAGAAUAACUUAAGUCACUCAUGGUAUACUAUAAAUGUGUUUAUUUACGGUUUCUAUGGAGAUUGCCAUAAAGGGUUGUCCUAGUUUAAUUUAUAAGCUCUGUAUUGCUGUCACUCAAUGAGCAUAUCACAGUCACUGUAUCAUGAUAAUAAUAAUGUGCUGUGUUGAAGCUUAUCUGGCAGUUUUAUUGAGGCACUUGGGUUGGUUGAAAACAACUAGGGCAUAUCCCAUUGGUCUUCACCAAAUACUUUAUGGGCUCUUGUGUAUAGUCAUCCAGAAAAUGUAUUGCCAAAAUGUAAAUGUGUAUUUAGGGUCGUAAAUGUCUGUCACUUCCGUAUGAUUAGACUGGAAUUGCUUUUAAAAAAAAAAAAACAAUGUUACUUUUGACAGAUAUCUGUAAUUGUAUUUAAACUUGCUUUUCUCAGAUUGAAAUGCACUCAGUGAGAAUGAACUUCUGGCGAGACUUUUGUGACCUUUUUAUACCCCUCGGCGGAUUGAGUUAUGUUAGUCCAGGAUUUUCCGCCUUAACAGGUGUCAUCUCUUCGGUCAUUGGAUUUCAACAAGAGUGGGAAAAACAUAUCAGCCCAUUCAAGCCUCAGUUAUAGGCCUCCAAAAAGUGAAACCAAUGUGUCCAAUGGUUAGAAUGCCUUUCAGUCUGCAAUUUAAAAGGUUUUUUUAAGAUGUACUUUAACACUACAGUAUAUUAUGAUUAAUUCCCUAAUUACUAUUACUUGUUAUUUUCUUGUAAUUUUAUUUAUAUUAUUUUUGUUUGCCUUUUGAUAACUUUGAUGCUAUCAGCUGUGAUUUUGAAAAAAACAACAUAUUUUUAAAGAAUACACAUACUUAUUUUUUUCUUCAUUGGCAACAAAUCAUAUUCAUUUUUUUUUAAAUUUUGAUUUUUCUUUGAUUUAAUUAGUAAUACAUUUUUUUAAAAGUCUACUACAACGAAAUAAUCUUGGUUUUCUCCAUAAAGAGUAAUCUUUAUCUAUAAUUAAUCAUAUCCAAUAAAUAAAGUUAAUUUCCUUCAAGCUUUAAUAACAAAGUCAAUCAUACUUAAUUUAAAAUGGAUCAGUUAUAUAAUUUAAUUGACUGUGAACCAUAUUCACCGUUUUAUACACUUAUGACAGCUGAAGUUAAAUCAAACUGAUCUCCUACAAAACUUUUUGUUUUACACUUUGCUUAGGAUGGCAGUAUCAUUUUUUUAAGAACAUGUUCUAAUUUUUUCAAGAUAAUACCAUUUAAAUAAACAACACCACUAGUAUUCUCAUGUUAGCUGCUUAUUGGCGACACUAUUAUUUCAUUGGGGGGGCUUUUUGUGACUUUUAAAAGAAUUUAUUUAACCCCUUUAAUUCUCUUAUCAAAGUUGUUGUUUUUUUCUCAUUCCAAGCUACUUUUUAAAAGUGGCAUUUCCUUCAUGCCAAUUUUUUUACUUACUUAGCCGUCCCUGAUAUAGAAAACUGUGUUGUCUUUUUGUUGUUCAAUUAUUUGCUGUCAUGUUGUAGAGCCUAUACCACCGGUGUUUCAUAAAAAGCCCUUUUUUUCCCCCCCAAUUUAUCUGUUGACAUUGAAAAAUUAUUCACUUGAAGUGCCAUGGCAAGUCACAGCAGCAUUAUCUCAUUAAAAUUAAUUUUUAACUGCCCAUUUGUUUACCAGUGUAGUGUAACAUUGUGGGAGAAUGUGCUUAUACCUAUUGGUUUGGUUUUAGCUAAUAUGUACAUUCAGGCAAGUUGAGAAAUACAAUCUGGCCAAAUAUUGAUGUAUACUUACAUUUAUUAGAAAUGGGAGAUGCAAAAUGGAUGUCUUUAUUUACUAUUUUUGUUUUCUGUUGUUUUGGUGCAGCCAUGCCAUAUUUUUAAGUAACUUAAUAGAGAGGGGAAAAUUAUUUUUCAAUUUGUUUUUAAUCAUUUUUUUUUUUUACUUUGAAGAUUGACUUAACAUAACUGUUAGUAAGACAUUUGCAAAGUUUUCUUUUGAUUCCGUUUUUUAAAUGAUUUAUCUCCUUUUUAAAAAAAAAAAAAAAAAAAAAUCUCAGAAGACCACUGUUGUACUGUGGUUGAAAAGUUGAGAAAGCUGAAUUCGUAUGUUUCGCUUGUGUCAAGUAUGGCUUCUAGUAUUGAUAUGUUGUCCAUGCAUCUGAAAUGUCUAUUCUACUUUAUGCUGUGUUGUCUGUAUUGUUACCAAUUACAUUUAUUUAGUACCCUUUGAUACUUAUUAAUAGUGGGGUAAUGUGAAAGACAGGGCUAUGACGUGUUAACACAAGCAAAGUGAGUAAUCCACGAUCACGCCUGAGUUUUGUUAAAUACCGAGUCCUAGUAGAACAUAGACCUGUAUUAUGAUGGUAUUUCAGUUGAAUUUUUUUUCUGCAUUUAACAUAUUUUUUAUGUGACGCGGAUAAACAUAUUUUAAUGUGACAGGGAUAAUGAAGCAUCGCCAUCUGAUGCUGACAUACCUGUCUAUUAAAAAAAAAGAAUUUUUCCCAACUGCUGAUUUUGAAAUUUGUUAUAUUUAUAUUAUAUUUAUACUUAAGACAAAAAAAAAUGAAUGAUGGGUCCAGUUAAAUAAUGAAAAGUUAUGUCUCAUAUUUACAAUGUAUUCUUUUUGCUGUGGCAUUUUCUUCUUAACAUUUAACAGAGCUUUGCAGAAAUCAAUUUGUUUAAAACCCACUCCUAUUUUAUUUUUAUCUGUUCAUUUACUUUUUAUUUCAUUUAGUUAUUUUAAUAAAUUUCAGCCCAUGAGAAGACACUGAAAUAUAACAUAAGGAAUUAAAAGAAUUAAAAAAAAGCAGAAAAAAUUUGUUGAUGGUUUGCAGAAACUGAUUAUUUGCUUUGCUGAAAUCCACCUCCUUGUAUAUCACUGGUGCAUGGUGGCUGAAUGAUGUCACAUUUUAUUUUAAAAAAAAUUUUGUUAUAAACUUCAAACUCAAUUAUAACAAAGUUGCAUUCUUUUCUUUUUCCAUUUACUUCUUUGAUUUAGAUGUAUUAGUUUUUUUUUUAAUGACCAUUUUUAUAAUGUGCUGACAUUUUCAACGUCCAGAGAGAAAGGUUGUGUUAAAUCCUCUCUAAUGGAUCAUAUGACGGAUAGAAACAUCCUGAUACAUCACUCACAUUUGUUUCUUUUUUAAUAUCAUCAAGCAUUUCUAUUUAGAUCAUUUAGUGAAGUUAACCAUUAGCUAAGAUAAAUUAGUUAGAUGGUUCCAGAUGAGGCACUAGCCUAUGGAAAACCUAGCUGUUUCAGAAAAAAUACUAAAACACUCCUAGGCUAUGUAGGCAUAACAACUAUUUAAUAACUGUUGUUAGAAAAAUACUUUCUUAUCAACAUUUUUUUCAGUUGUGACUUCUCCAUAAAACAUGACUUCAGAUUGCAAUAAAAUGUAUUCUAAGUCUAAUUC